AUGGGAAGUGGUUCUUCAAAAUAAAAAGCAGAUGUAAGUACUAAUACUGAAACAAUUUAAUAAAAAAUUUAACCAAUUUAGGCUAAACCUUAAGAAUUAAAAAAGGACGAUUAAACUAAUAAAUACAAUUAAGCCAAACCUAACAAUAUCACAUACAAUAAGAUUGUAGAAAUACCUAAAAAGGAUUUACCUAUUGUUAAAACAACCAAUUAGUAUGACAAUUCAAUCUAAAAAAAACAAAUAAAUUAAGGUUAUUGUGAUUAAUAAAAAGUAAAUCUAUCUUAUCAUUAUUAGCAACACCGAAAUCUUUAAAAAAAAGAAGACCAAAACAUAUAAUAAAGGAAUGAUUAACAAAACAUAGAUUAUAAAUUAUAAAAUAAUGGAUUAAUAAAUAUGAAAAAAAACGCACCUGAAAAAAAAAUGUAAUAAUAUCUUGAGAAUAUCAAAAUUGGCAAUCAAAGAUAAUAGUUUAAUUUGAAUAAUAAUUAAGAAAAUGCUGGAAAAUCACCAUUUAGAGCUGCAAAUUUAUCAUUCCAAGCUGAUAAAGAUGAGAAAAUAAAGGAAUUAAAUUUAAAAAAAUUAUAAUAACCAAUCUAAAAUACUUUUUACAAUUAUCAAUCACCUCAAUUAUUAGGUUAAAAACCAAUUUAAAAGCCAGGAAAAAAUCAAUACUUACCAGCAUUAUUUUAAGAAUAAUAAAGAAAAGAGGAAAUUAGAUAUAAACCAUAAUAAAAUAUAAAAAUAUUAGAAAUUAUUGAAUUAGAUUAUAUAGACAUCUAUAACUAAAUUUUCAAUAAAAAAACUUCAGGUAGAUUUUCAAAUUAAUUUCCAUGUAAACAUUCUGAAUGCAAAACGGUCGCACGUAUUAAUAUUAAAGGAGAUGUGACAUGUGAAAAUGGAUGUGCUUCUUUUUCUAUCAAUUAAGCUAUAUUUUAUAAUAAAAAUAAUACAAUAUCUUGUUUUAAUAAGAAUAAGGUGUAUGAUUAUGACAAUUACAAUUUAAUAAAAAAUGAAAUGGAAUUAGUUUAAAUAUUGUUGGAUUCAUUAAAGUGUUCUAAUAAAACGGAAUCAGAAAAAGAGAAAUUCUAAAUCUAAUUAAUUCAAGUUGUUUUUAAUCAUUAUUUGGAACGAAAAAGAUCAGCUUCAAUAAGUUGA